AUGACUCGGAGUAGCCAAGGAAGUCAGCCGCAAGCGUGUUAUCGUCUACUCUUCUCAUCGGCAUUCCUCCUAAAUUCAUACCGAAGCUCGGCGGCCGCUGUAUCGAUUGCAUCGGGCAGCAAGGAUUCCAAACCACUCAGGAGCCUACUCUUUCAAGUAUCAAUUUUCACGCAAGCCUCACCAGCCCGAAAGAAAGUAUCAAAAGGACCCCCAAGACGGCAGCUGUCUAGGCCGGCCACUUCCAACGAGGCAAGCGAGGGAAUGGAUUGGCUUCUCUCGCGUAAUACGAGAAGCCUUCCGGACCGAUCGUUGCCAAGUUUACCGAAUUGGUGGAAAAGGGCGCCAUUAAAGUUAAGACAAGCAGUGAGCCUCUGCCCGUUUUCCCUCAUGCCCUCCGCAAAACACACCUGA